AUGGCAGAUACUCCACCUCACGAAGAGCUGCGAAAGGUGCACGACAUCAUUCCUGACAUGCCCACCGUCGACGAGCAUUCACCCACAACUCGGCGCAUCAGUAUUGCUGGCCAUGCUGCCCGUCCGCGUCCCUGCCACAUCCCGCGCUGCGAAUCGCAGUCAUAUCCGUCCUUCAAGGCUAAGCAGGAGUGUGCCCUCUUGAUCGGUCUCAAGGAGUUUGCGCGAGAGUUUGCCCGGAGCACUGGCAUCACACACACCGAUACUUCGACAGACAUGCUAACCGUAAAUUACUCCCACAGCCAGAGCAAGCUCUCCCAGCAGGAGCUGCUGGACCUCCAGAAAGCCACCCAUUUCGACAAGAAGGAGCUGCAGCAGUGGUACAAAGGCUUCCUCAAGGACUGCCCUUCCGGCAUGCUCACCAAGUCCGAGUUCCAAAAGAUCUACAAACAGUUCUUUCCCUUUGGCGAUCCGUCCUCAUUUGCCGAUUAUGUGUUCAACGUAUUCGAUGCAGACAAGUCGGGUUCCAUCGACUUCAAGGAGUUCAUCUGCGCUCUGUCCGUCACGUCAAGGGGGAAGAUGGAGGACAAGUUGGACUGGGCCUUCCAACUAUACGACAUUGAUGGGGACGGGAAGAUAAGCUAUGAGGAGAUGCUGUCCAUUGUCGAAGCUAUCUACAAAAUGGUCGGCAGCAUGGUCAAACUACCAGAAGACGAGGACACACCCGAGAAGCGAGUGAAGAAGAUUUUCAAAAUGAUGGACAAGGAUGAGAAUGGCAGCUUGGACAUGGCCGAAUUCAAGGAAGGUAGCAAGCGCGACGAGACGAUCGUGUCUGCUCUGUCGCUAUACGAUGGCUUGGUCUAG